CCGGGCCGUCUUCCCGAGAAAAGUCGUGGAACUAUGUCGAAUAUGGAGAAACAUUUAUUCAACUUGAAGUUUGCUGCAAAAGAACUUAAUAGGAAUGCCAAGAGAUGUGAUAAAGAAGAAAAGGCUGAAAAGGACAUGAUUAAAAAGGCCAUUCAGAAAGGCAAUACAGAAGUUGCAAGAAUACAUGCUGAAAAUGCAAUCUGCCAGAAAAACCAAGCAAUCAAUUUUUUGAGAAUGAGUGCUAGAGUUGAUGCUGUGGCUGCCAGAGUUCAAACUGCAGUAACAAUGGGCAAGGUAACAAAGUCCAUGGCAGGUGUAGUUAAGUCUAUGGAUGCUACAUUGAGGAGUAUGAACCUUGAAAAGAUAUCUGCCUUGAUGGACAAAUUUGAACACCAGUUUGAAACGCUGGAUGUUCAAACACAACAAAUGGAAGACACAAUGAGUAGCACUACAACCCUCACAACACCACAAAACCAGGUGGAUAUGCUGCUUCAAGAAAUGGCAGAUGAAGCUGGCCUUGAUCUCAAUAUGGAACUACCACAGGGUCAGACAGGUUCUGUUGGCACAAGCAUUGCUUCGAUGGAACAGGUAGAGGGUGAACUAUCACAGAGACUUGCUCGUCUACGUGAUCAAGUGUAAUUUAAAGAACUGGUGCUUUUGUUUGCUUCACUUGCUUCUGAAACAUUCCUUGUGUGUAUAUAUAGAUAGCUGCACUCCAGUUACACUAAAAACACUAUAUAUGCCAGAAUGCUUAAACAGUUGUAUAUAAUGCUUUCUUUUGCCUUGCUGUACUUUCUAGUACAUUAAGAAAUUCCAGGGAGUUUCCACGUUGACAGAUUUUAUAGUUCUGUAUAUUAUGUGUAAAAAUGUGAGGGACAUAUUUUUGUAGAUGUCUUUGACGGAGCUAAUAUUAGCUUCUUGUAUAUUAAACAUCUUCCUCAAAAGUUAGAUCAAAAAUCUUGCACAAAAUACUGUGAAGUAUAGUACUUAAUACAGAAUAAAGUAUACAAGUUUUUUUUUUUUAAUUCAAAGUAGUUUUUAAGCUCUGUAUGUAUAAAAAUAAAAGCAGGGAAAGCAUGUUUACUUGAUAUGUUUAUAUAGCCCAAAACACCUCAUUUAGUGUCAAACAAUGAACGAUGCUAUUUCUUGUUUUAUGUUUUUGUUAUCCAAGUAGAAAGUCAGUUGACUUUUAAUGUGUUCAACAGUUUUCAAAUUUAAAUCAUUAUUAGAAUUUUUACCUAGUAAUUUAAUGACUACUAUUCAAAUUCUUUAAAUUUUCUCUUCAUUAAAUAUCAUUGUUAUUAAUACUCCCAGAAAAAUUUAACUUUUCAUACUUUCAAGUGAAAUUCUGAAACACAUUUUAAUGAUUCUAUUUCUACUCAACUCUUGUUAUACUGUAUUUUUAAACAGUAGAGGUUAAUUUGCCUGGUAAUAAUAUCAUUUACAUUUUUCCGUGAUUGUUGAUUGGUUUCUGAGAAUGUUGGACUAUGUUUUAAACCAACAAAAUAACAACCAAGAAAAAAAUAAGCUAACUCAAGUUACAACUACUGUAAGUCCUGAUUAAAUGUGUUUAUUCUUUUAUCUUAAAACAACUCUUUAAUAACUGGAAGAAAUUAUAUAUAAGUUAAAAUAUUUUGCUCAGCCAUGCAAAUAACUUCCAGCCCAAUCAAAGUUGGGAGCACAACAGAGGAUGUGUGAUGUAGGGGGGGAGGGACACCGAAGUCAUAAGGUUGUAAAGAAGAACAGAUUCUGGAAGGUCAGGAUCCUUGGGAGAAAGCAUUUGGUGACCAGCUGUACUACUUGUCAUUUCCCUGGAAAUAUCUAUUUUACCCAACUAAAAUGAAGAAAUUGCCAUGUGCCUGCAAUUUUCUGAUAUAAUAGUCUCAAGUGUAAAGUGACCAAGUCAUAUUAUAACAAGUAUACUGCUAAUCUAGGUUACUUUAAGUACGUUAGGUGUUUUUUCUUACUUCCUGCAAGAUUAACCCAUGAAAGAAUUCUAAUAUUUUGUGAAGUUAUAUUGAAGAGAUUUGUUUAGAAAAUUCCCACUGUAAGUCAUGAAGGCAUUCAAAGUGCAAUUAAGGAGAGACUUCUUUGCUCAGUAUUCUAUUCAUAUAUGUUUCAUACCAUAUAUAAAAAGUUUGUGUGAGUGGAGACUAUAUUCACUGAUUAAUGAAAUGAAAAAUUAUUCUUUUGCUAAAUUUGGGUUAAACCUAUUUAAUUUUCUUGGUACUUAACCUCAGUGUGGGAAUCUUCCAUUUUGCUUAUAGUUGCUGCUUUGUCCUUUCUACUUAAAUGGUAAAUUUGUUUGUUUGUAUUGGAACAUCCUGGGGAGCCAUAGAAGAGAUUACAGACUAAAAUGUCUAUGAAAUAUAAAGUUUCCUUAUUUCCUAUUUGUGGAAAUGGUGUAGUUUUGUUCUUUUGACUGGAAUAAAAAUUGUUAAAUUGUGAA